AUGGACCCGAGCUUUUUAAGUUACGCGGCUUACUUAAGUGGCGCCCCUCCGUUUGUUCCUCCAACUUUCGGCUAUGGUCAAGCCGGCGGGUCUCAACCGUCACAACCCGAAGCCGAACCCGAUGUGGAAGUCGUACCGGAGACGCAACCCGAACCGGUGCAAGAAACAUCGAAACGCGGCAAAAGGUCGCAUAAGAAGAAGGAUAAGGACGCACCGAGGCGUACAAAAAAUAUAAUCAAAUGGACGAAGGAAGAGGAAUACGCGUUGACUCGGGCGUAUGUCGACAUUUCGGAGGACGAAGAGACGGCAAACUUUCAAACGGGUCCGGUUUUUUGGGAUAGGGUUCGUGCACUCUUCUUUAGCACGUGGGGUCAAGGCGAACAUCGGGACAAAGACUCGAUUUCUAGCAAAUGGACCGACAUAAACAACAAGUGUCAUGCGUUUCAAGAAGUCUUCCAACGUAACUACGAUAAUCGCCCGAGCGGUGAAGGUGACGUGGGGGUUUUAACGAAGAGUUUGGAGGAGUUCGAGAGGACAAAAGGCCCUUUCACGUACUACAAGUGUUGGGAGCUACUUCGAAAAAGUCCAAAGUGGGCGGUAGUUAACCCAAUGACGUCUAGUAGUAGACGUCGGGCUAAAAGGUCAAAAACAUCAUCCUCCGUUGACCCGUCAACUCCGACAUCGGAUGCCCGCAAUGUUGAUUUAAAUGAGGCGGUGGACGAGGGCAUUCAAGAAGAGUUGGCCCGACCCGCCGGUAGAAGAAAGGGAGCCGGGAAAAAAACACUCGAGUCGUCUUCCGAUCUCGAAACUCAGUUAUUUUAA